AUGCGAUCGCCGACGACGUUCUCAGCUACCGUAUUAUUAAUCACGAUAAUUGCGUUCAUUCUAAUCACUCUUCCCAACUUGUGCGAAUCCGACGCCGUCUCUGAUUACGAGAUCAUCAAGAAGCUGCUGAAAGGCUAUGAUUGGCGAGUUCGCCCACCCGGAAUCAAUCUCACUAUUCCAGGUACACACGGCGCAGUAAUUGUCUACGUAAACAUGCUUGUCCGAAGCAUCUCAAAAAUCGACGACGUCAAUAUGGAGUACAGUGUGCAAUUGACAUUCCGCGAGGAAUGGGUGGACGGUAGAUUGGCGUACGGAUUUCCGGGUGACAACAAACCGGAUUUCUUAAUUCUCACCGCCGAGCAGCAUAUUUGGAUGCCGGAUAGCUUUUUCCAAAAUGAGAAGCAAGCUCAUCGGCAUCAUAUUGACAAACCGAAUGUUCUGAUUCGCGUUCACAAGGAUGGGCGUAUUCUGUAUUCUGUCCGCAUAUCCAUGGUGUUGUCGUGUCCUAUGCACCUUCAAUACUACCCAAUGGAUGUUCAAACCUGUCUAAUUGAUUUAGCUUCUUAUGCGUACACUGAAAAUGAUAUAGAAUAUCGUUGGAAGGAGGUCAAUCCAGUACAGCUCAAAGCAGGAUUGCAUUCAUCACUUCCGAGUUUCGAGCUCAAUAACGUAUCUACCACACUUUGUACUAGUAAAACUAAUACCGGCACAUAUUCAUGUCUUCGAACCGUUUUAGAAUUGAGAAGACAAUUCAGCUAUUACCUCCUCCAAUUGUACAUUCCUUCGACUAUGCUUGUUAUUGUCUCAUGGGUUUCGUUCUGGCUCGAUCGUGGAGCUGUACCAGCUCGAGUCACUCUCGGAGUUACGACCCUUCUUACCAUGACUACUCAGGCUUCCGGAAUUAACGCAAAACUUCCGCCAGUUUCAUAUACGAAAGCGAUCGAUGUUUGGAUUGGAGCCUGUUUGACAUUCAUUUUUGGCGCAUUACUCGAGUUCGCCUGGGUCACUUACAUCUCAUCGAGAAGCUUUUAUAAACACAAGAAAAUCGAUUCGAAUAAGAAUUCAUUGAUGAUUGGAACGAGGCAAGCAAUGGUUAUUCAAAAUACCAGUAUAACCAAAUUUGAAGAUCCCGCUCAGGGUCUUGAAAUGGGAAUGCCUUUAAAAGACUCCGAGGUUUGGAUAAGACAAAACACUAAUGGAAAUGGGGUUGUUAAUGGGAAUGGCGUGGCAAAUCAUAGCCCCGAUGAAGCAGCUGAGUUGAUUGUUUUUGGCCCGCAAAGGCAUAAAAGGCAUAUUCAUCGAAAUUUGUACAAUUAUUUGCGCAACUUCCGAGUAGUUCGUUGGGUUGGUCGAAGGUUGGACGAGCAUGAUGGAGCAAAAAGAGCAGACCUAAUAUCUAGAAUAUUAUUUCCUUCAUUAUUCCUCUGCUUCAACGUUCUAUAUUGGACCAAAUAUUCGCAAUAUCAAACUCCUAAUGCGAAAUAA